UGCAUUUAUAUAUAUGUACUAUAUAAAGUCUGGGUAUGAUCGACCCUGUCGCCUUAUACACCGGUCCGAACACUACAUAGAGUUAGUGUGUGCAGCGGACCUGGGCGUCACAUACUGAGGUAAUUUGUACAGGUAGAUUGCAGGUGUGACAAGGAAUAAGUACCUGGACUGGACACCUAUAUGAGCUGCUCGGCGUAACAGGUGGAUCCCGGUCACAUGGGUCUGUAAUUUAUGGACAAAUCUCGACAAAAGCCACAGGGAAGUCCUCGAUGGAUCUUUUAGAGUCAUGUUCCACACCAGAGAGCGCUAUCCAGGCUGUCCACUGGUGUGUGGGUCAAGGUGUCGACCAGCUGCACGUGCUUAAAGCAUUGAUAGCUAAACAUUUCCGGUUCCGGUUGAAAAUUUCAAGUUCUCCUGAUCUAUGUACCGACAUUCUCCUCAAGGCUAUUGAAGUUGGAAAUGAUGAAUUUUUGGAGGUUAUUCUACCGCACGUGAGCGAUGACUUCUUGUUACAAGACUGGGGCGGGAAAACACUCGUUACUAGGCUCCUGUGUAUUGCGGUUGAAAAUGGAAAAAGCAAACUGGUACGCAUACUCAGUAAACGUGGAGCGAAAGGGGCAGCGAAUAGUUCCUAUCGAGGCAGACCCAUGUUUCAUCUGGCGGUUUUGGCGGGAAAUUUGCAGGUUGCAGAUGAACUGUUAGCCGCCGGGGCCGAUAUUAUGACUACCGAUAUUAGGAGGGACCCCCUUCUGACGACUGUGAUUACUGAUUCUACGGACAGCAGGAAGGAAGAGAAAGUAGUGUGGCUACUUAAAAAAGGAGCAGACCCUAAGAUGUGCGCGUCCAGUGGUAAAGAGCCUAUACAUGUGGCGGCUGCUCACUCGGGACCAAUCAUCGUCCACCUUGUAAAGGCCGGAUGUGACGUCAAUACUCAGGAUCAUAUCAAUCGCGACACACCCUUACAUGUCGCAUGCGCUCGGUGUUGUGAAAGUGCCAUCGUAACUCUUAUUCAACAUGGAGCUAAAUUCAAUCUUCUUAACAAUCAGGGUGAAACUCCACUUGAAAAAUUGCUCAAAUUUGCUCAAAAAGUUCCGAAUUUUCAUUCCAAAACAAGAAUUACUCUCGCUAAAUCACUAGUCAAGGUGGGAUUCCGAAUACCAUCAAAAGGUAAGACCGAUAAGUCAAGGAUGCGCAAUAUAGGACGAGUUGGACGGGACAAGGUUGCAGACGUGUACAGAACAGUCAUGACAACCGUGACAGCUACCGGAAGUCUACAACACCUCUGUAGGUUAAAGGUUAGGGAUGAGGUGAGGGGUCAAUCUUUUGAGAAAUCGGUAGCUAGUCUAGAAGUUCCAAAAUUGGUGAAGGAAUAUGUGAUGUUCAAAGAUAAUGCACCAUCUGCUGUAGCUACUAUCAAAAGUUUGGUUGAGGAGUUAUGAAAUUUUUCCGGAGCAUAAAUCAUAAUUUAUAAGUUAUUUUACUGUAUGAAAUGUGCCGCUAUAGCUCAUGUUGCCCUGACAUGCUAACUAAUAGUUAAUGCACCUACAGUACUAAACGUUACCUACAAUACAACUGUCAUCAAGUAGUCCGUUUGUACUAUACUUUUGUAUAUACCAUUAAUGAGGCGCGUUUUACACGGAAAGAGGAAAAUGUUUUGGUGUCGUUGUUUGUCUAGUCAUUUAUAGUGGUUUCACUUUUUUUAUUGUUUUUUUAACAUGUCAAUUUUAGUGCAAAGCCUGUAGGAAGGGAAAUAACUCUCACUCGAAUCCUGGCACUGAAUAUAUAUAUUGAUGACGUUUUAGCGUUGCCAGUAAGUUUAAAAUGAGGUUAAGGUAUCAUAUUACGAAUUGUAUAUUUACCUCCUCGUGACAGAUAGGAUAUGACGACAUAUAGGACCCUCUCAUCCAUUCAUGUUAUUUUCAGCUCCGCAGAAAAGUGAAUAACACUAAAUAUCAUAAAAGUAAUAGAAAAAUAUUUUGGUAUAAGGCUCUUGCAAUCAAAUUAGACAAUUGGUCAGGGGGUUUUUUAUAAUCAAAUACAUGUAGGUAUAAAUGCAUGUACCUGUUUAACCAGUCAGAUUUGCUGUGUCUUAUUCCUUUGUAUAAUACCUUGAGGAUCCAACCCAUGUCCGUAUUAUACUCCUCUCUAUUAUAACUGUUAUUUACAAGGUGUAAGCACUUCUUUAGUUUACACCCGUGAUAUUAUACAAUGUUUUUUAAAUUGUUCGGUCAUAUCUAGGGUAUAACCGAAAAUGUACAUGUAACUGGUAAAGUCUUAGAGGGAAACAUUGCACAUGCACCUCAGGUGAAGAAAAAAUAACAUGUCUCCCCAAACCCAGGGAAAAACAGAGUAAACUACACCGAAAAUGCAACAAUAAUAUAACAGCAGAAAUUAAUAACUGUUUUAAAAUAUCUCUUUUUCGUUUGGAACGAGAACCCUUGCCCUACUCUAUCGGAGCUCAGGGGCAGUAACUUGCACUAAAAGAGGUCUAAAAUCGGCGAAACUGGAGCGCGAGAGUAUACAAAGGCAUGUGAUCAACCCAAUCCAAUCAAAUACGAUGUCAUUGUGAUAAGUAACAAUACGAUAAUAAUAUGAAUUUUAUGCAAAAUAUGAGUUUUUAUUUUAGAUUUCUUGUGUUGUUUGUUAAAUCAAUUGUGGAUAAAUCGGUUAUGAAAAUAUUUUAUUUUACUUAGAAAUCUUAGCCACCACUUUUAGUGUAUCCAGCAAUUGACGGAGAGGACAACUAUUGUGUUAAUUUUAUCUCAAAUGGUAAUCUAUUAAUAGUAAUUUAUAUUUUCUAUCAUUUUGGUGAAAUUAUUAGUAUCUAAUGCAUUUAUAACUUUAGCAAUUGUACUUAUAUCGAACAAUGAAUGUUUUAAAAUGUACGUGUAUGUGUGUGUACAUAGUAGACCAAUUUUAAUGUUUUAUGCAAUGUUUACGUCAUCACUGAUCUCAUAUUUAUCAGAAUACAUUUGUUACGCUACCGGUGUUUUUCGUUAACAUGUUGAUUGAAUAAAAAUGAUUUUAGUAA